AUGACAGAAAUCGAUUUAACAACGAACAAAGCAGAAGCAGAACGGCAUCGUCUCGAAGGCAAUGAACAUUUUCGCUCAUUUCGUUAUCAUAAUGCUAUCAAGAGUUAUACAAGUUCAUUGGAAUGUCAGGAAACAUCAUCAGUACUAGCUAAUAGAGCUCAAGCUUAUCUCAAUAUCAAACAAUACGAACGAGCUUUAAUGGAUUCUGCGAGAGCUUUAGAAUUGGAUGCAAAUAACGUAAAGGCAAUAUUUAGAUAUGCGAAAGCGUUAGAAAAUUUGCACUUGUAUGAAAUCGCAGCUGAAAAGAUUUCAAAAAUUGAUUUAAACAAUCCAAAAAAUAAAGAAAUUGCAAAGCUGAAGCAGCAUGUUCAAGACAAGACGAAUUGUGUAGAAGUGAAGUUAUCAUGUGGUGAAAAGGAUGAAUUCCUUCGUUCAAAAUUGCCACUAACUGAAAUUAAAAAUAUUAAAACGAUAGGGAGAAUGGAAUUGGCCGAACAAAUAAUUCAAGAUAAAUUACACAUAUCAUCACCGGAAUUAUCAUCAAUGAAAAUUCCGCCUCCUCCAACGACAUCAUUCAUUUUUAUCUCAGUUUUUCAAAGGCUUAAGAGUAGGCCGGUGGCAUUUGCUGAAUAUUUCUUGUCAAUUGAUAAGAAUAAUUAUGGCGAUUUAUUGGAUGAAGUGAUUGAAACUGAAAUGAUCAAGUGCUUAUUCGUUGGUUUCGAUAUUCUAGCUAAUCAAUCAAAUAUUUCGGAACUGUUAGAAUGUUUGAUUAAAUUAGCUGAUGUUUCCCGAUUUGAUAUCGCUGUAUUAUUUUUGGAUGAAGCUGCAAAGGAUAUGAUAAGAAAAAUGGUGGAACGUUAUACAGUGAGCGAAAAUCAAUUAUCUAUUUUACAAACUUUGUAUGCUUUAUGA